GCGUUGGAGGAGUGAUGCGCGAGGGGGGGACUUGAGAAGCGAGGAGAUGUAAUGCGUUAGAGGUGACAUGAACGGAGCAGCAUAUAAAGAGCGAGGCGCGAGGAUCUCGCUGGGCAAGCAGAAUGUGCAGUCAACCAUCGCGCCACGCCGGCAAAUCUUGCGAUACCACCCGCGUCUUCAAGCAAAACCACACCAUGCACUCAGUCUCUGGGAUGGUUUUUCUGGCCAUGCUGAAUAUCCGGGGAGCCUGGUAAUUAGCUUCGAAUGCAUGGACCGCAGGGCUCUCAUGCUUUGGAUGUUUACCGGGAUCUCACCAACAAGGGUAUAUGCACCAGACGAAGAGACUGGCGCUAAGGUAGAGCUGACUGCAGCUCCCGAACUGGAGUUGGCCACUGACAUGGUGGCUGUGGGUUUGGUCCCGUUAGGCGGUGCGCCAGAACCUCCCGGAGGCCCACCACCCAUACCCGCACCAGCAAACUCUUUCUCCACAUCAUCGUUCUCAGUCAGAUACGCAGCUGGCGUAAUAUUGUAUGAAGCCGCCGUGUCGAUGCCGAAAGCGAGCGAUCCGAACAGAUCAUCGGCAACUACGAUCAGCAAGUAAGACGUACUCAACGAAAGGAUCGGUAAAUGUAGCUUCCUCAUUCAAGAUCGAGUCGACAGCAAUAUCCGUGAGAGGUUGCUCGUUGUUGGCGUAUGGCUCCACCUCGUUUAAAAGCUCAACGAGAUCUUGAUCGCAGAAUAUCUGCCCGACGACGUGCGUUACGGAGCCGCCGAGGAGAGUUUCGUUGGCAUUAACGCUGGCUUUGAGGGAUGUCAUGACGUGAAUAUGUAUCUACGCCAACAUUGUCAGCAUCGCCUACGCCUACACGAACUCCAGUGUUUCAACUCACAGCACGCCCAGGUUGGCUCCAUCAUAUAGCUCUGUCGUCCACCUUUGUGGCCAAAAACAUACGCAAGGCGCUCCUGCCUUAGCCAGGGCUCACUUCGGAAUGGCCACUGGUAAUUGCGGGAGGCCUUCCCGCUUCAACGGGAAUCUCAUGGACUCGAUGUCCAAACUUCUAUUCGACCAGAACGUUCAACUGCCGUCAAUUGUACCACAGCGAUGCAAUUCAUUGUUGCCAAACAGCCAACACCACAAGCACAAUUGUUGAAGAUUCCAUACAGGCCGAAGGAUCAUAACAAGUGCAUCUCAGAGCAAAGGCUGCGUUGAUAGCCUCAUCCCAAUCUACUGCUCCCAGGGCUUGAGCGUGCAACACGCCGUCGACGAAGCCGUGCACGCACUGAAAGCGUCGAAAUGUAGAUUCAAUAUUGCUGCGAAAAGACGGACGGCGGGCGCACGAAAAGAGCCAUGCAAGUACCAGCACGUCUCGGAGAGGGUGGAAGGAUGUCAGAGUAUUUGCACUGGGAAUUUGGUGUGGAGAUAAGGAGUCGCCAGGGGAGGUUAUGUGCAUUGAUUCAGAAUUUGGUGACUGUGUGAUUGUUUGACGACAGGGAGGUAUGGUGUUCGUGAAACCCUUGUGGAAGACGAUGGGAGUGCGAGAUUUACUUUGUCAGAUUGGUGCUUCAGUUCUGAACGGAGAGAGGCGUGUAGCCGUCGGGAGGAAUGGACACUGGAUCUUAGAGUUACCAGGUGUAGUUUCCUGAGAAGGCUAGUCUGCUAGAACGCAAAAGAGAAAUAACGUCAAUCCUA